GCGGAAGAUGAACGGUAUCUCAAGUGUUUUGAAUGCAAUCAACACAAAAUGCAAUUUCAAACGAUGGAAGAAGCAAGGGAGCCAGGCGGAACAACGAAAUAAACCCGCUAAGAUCAUCGAACACGGUUUGCGCCUCGACAUCUGGUCGAUCUCUCGUCGCGAUAGCGCGCUGAGGAUGUAGCAGGAUCGAGGCGCACCAUCUCAUGUCAAUUCCAACCCGACGGGAGCUUAGAUAAUACCGGAGCUAUCCUGAGAUCUGCUGAAUCGUAUUAUUGAGAUCUGACACAACCGAUGAACCGAAAUGACCCAGCUGGUGAGUAGUUAGGCGAUCUGAACCGAGUUCAGCUCAGCUGCUGUCGUCAAGGCGAGUUAUCUUAGGGGAGCUGAACUGAGGUGAUGCUCUUUCCGAUCGUGCGCCUAUGAUCGAAUCAUAAAAUUUCCUUCACCGUGGUCCUUGAACGUGGUCAUCUGACUCUCAGGAUUAAUCAACAUUCCAAUCAACAUGGAGCCUGCCGGAACUCAGCAGAAGAUUUUGAAAAAGAAGGCCAAGAAGACGGAGAGGCUGCGUGGAAGUGUGUCGAGCAGAAAGGGGAGGGAUAGCAGAGAAUUGCUGGAUCCCGCCCAAGGAGAUGCGAAGCACCGCUUGGGGGGGGCCGAAAGGAGGGCGACGUCACAAAGACGUAGCAGGGGUGGGCUGACAGUUAGUGUGGGCGGCGCGGGUGACGAAUCUGCAAUCGCAAUAGGAGGAAAGGUAGACGAGGAAGGAGGUGACGUAGGCGAGGGUAUCCGGACAACGUCGAGGUUGUCCGUGAGUGUAAGCAUCACACGCGGAGGUUCGGCGUCAGGGGAACCAUCGCCAUCGCGGAAAGCAUCCAAAAUUGUAAGCAUCACACGCGGAGGUUCGGACUCAGGGGAACCAUCGCCAUCGCGGAAAGCCUCAACAAAAUCAAGAAAAGUCUCGAAAUCGAAGAGGGCUCCCAAGUUAAGGCGGGUGUCGAAAAAGUCGAAGCGAGCCUCGAAAUUAAGGAGUGGGCGCGUGAAGCGCAGAAAGGGAAAGGGGAGGAGCUCGAGCUUGUCGAAGAAGCGUGCAAGCGCGGGGGGUAAGAAACGCCGGACGGUGACGAAGGCGCUCAAAAAGCAGAGCGUUGACGUCACUGGAGUGGAAAGGACUUCUUCCAAACGUGGGAAGAACCGACGGCGGACAGCGGGAGCGAAACUCAAGAAGAAGAAGAAGAAAUCAAUCGGGGCUGCUGGCGCAUUGCGACGCAAAGGAGGGAGGCCGAGCACUGCAGCUUCGCUCAGUGGGCCUAAGAAGGGAGCCCGUAAGAAGAAGAGCAAGAAGGUUACCGGGAAGAAAAAGUUGGGAAAGAAGUCGAGCAAAGAAACAAGCGGGACGAAUGUGAAAGCGAAGAAGAAGAAGAAGAAGGAGUCAUCGAGUGACAGCGGUGGCCUGAAGGGAGAUGGAGAUGCUGGGGAACAUACUAAGGAUGAUUCUCCCGAGCAACUGACCGCGGUGAAAGAAGGGGGCGAACAAGAGGAAGGAGGAGGCGGGGAACGAUCUGCUGCUUCGCCGGAGAAAGUCCGCUUCGAGCCUGGAGGAGAAAGAGAAGGAUCAGCAGCAGGUGAAACAGGCCAAAGUGGAGGAGAAGGGGGGGGGGGCAGAGGAGAGGCAGAGGAAGGGGAGCAAGAUAAAGGGAGCCACGGCAGUCAAGAGGGCGAUUACGUGGCGGAGCUCACGACAGAAGGGGAGGGAAAGGGAGACCGGGCAAGCAUCUCAGCAGAACUGAAGUCUGCAGUGAUAGCGGCGAGAGCCAGCAACCAAUCUCGUAAAUCUAAAUCGCCAGGCAAAACCCCGAAGCAGCCUAAGACACCGGGGAAAACCCCGAAGAAGCCACGGACACCGUCAAGAACCCCAGGAGAAGCAGGUUAUGAGUCGACUCCGGCGGAUGAUUCUCCCCAAAGUAGCGUUUCCCUUGUGACAUCAUCGACGUCUUCUCCCCGUCGGCGGCUUGAAAGCGCGUUCACACCGCGUGCUUCUUGGGGAUUGAAAUUCACCGACGACAGCACAGCGCGUGAGCCUCGCGGAGAAGGGCCGCAUGAGGGCGAAGGAGGAUUGGAGGAUGCAAUCGUGUCUAGGUCCUAUUUCCGCCCCGCUAGUCCCAAAGACUUGGAUGGAGAGGGAAUAACGCCUCGUGUUGUCAGCAUCAAGGGUGCAGGGGUUGGUGUUGGUGUCAAGAAUGAGACUGUCCAGGAAGGUGCGGGACAACCAACAACACCAGCUUCAGAAGCAUCUGCGGAGGUGGUGACAACAGCAGUAGCAGCAGCAGCAGCAGCAGUAGCAGCAGGAGAAGGACGUGGCGGAGGAGGAGGAGAAGGAGGAGAAGGAGGAGAAGGAGGAGAAGGAGGAGGGGGCCACGAAGGAGAGGGGCACGGACCGGUACAAGACGAGAAUAGAGAGGAGAGCACUGAUCACGAAGUGAAGACAGCACAGGGAGGUGGAGAGGGAGUGCCGCACGGAUCUGGCCAUUCGGGCCAAAGCGAAGUAGCCGGAGGCGACACAGAGGGAGGAAUCGGGGUGCCAGUAGACGGAUCCGGGCCGGACAGGGACGUUUCUCUCUUGGAAAAGAAUAAAGAACAGGGAGGAGAGGGAGCGGGGGGGGUUGCUAGCGACCACACGAGCAACAGUGAUUCCGGCAAUCAGACAAGCGGAAGCGACGUGAUAAGUGAAUCGUCAAAAGCUCUCAACCAGGAAGAGAAGGUCGUGGAGGGGGCGGACGGGCAAAAGGGGAACGAAGGGGAGGACAAGGAGACGAGGGAGGGUGGCGAGGAGGAGGAAGGAAAGGAGAAACAAGAGGACGGGGAGAAAAGGGAGGGCGAAGAAGAAGAAGGGAAGGAGGAAAACGACAGGGAGAGCGAGGAUAAGGACGGGAGGGAGGAUACGCAGGAGGAGAUGAAGAGCGGAGCUGAGCAGCAGACUGCAGGUGUGGCUGCUGAGUCUGGCGUCAAAAAGGAUGCCUCUGAGGCGAAACAUGUCAAUCUCAAUCAGAUGGGCUUGCUAGAAAAGCUAGAGACGUCGAAGCAGCUUGUCGAACCAGCAGCGCCAGAGUUCCGAUUCGACGACCCCAACGCUUUGCUGAGUCAAAGUGAGAGCCCUUCGCCCAUAACUGGUUCCUUUGUCAUUCCUAAUGAUCGCCCGGAGGAAUGGUCAUCGAUGACAGGGGGCCUGAUAGCCCCUACGGGGGGGAAAGCAGGAGGGAAAGGACAAUCCAAGGCUGCGGGUUCGACCGGCGGGGAUCUUGCUUCGCCCGCGGAGGAUAUGGGUAGCUCGGGGAUGAGUCCAGUGCAAGAGGACUCAGCUGAGCAGGAGGCCAUUAUCUCGGAAGCAGCGGACAAACAAAAGCUGGAAAAUGUACAUUCAAAGACGAGUGGUGUACGCAAGGGCAAGCUGCCUUCAGCCACCGGGGCGAUCACCGGUAGCGACUCAGCAAGAGGAGACAGCAGUGCAGGGAUCCAACUAUUACCGUUGGAGAUUAAGAGGGGUUGGCUGAUGAAAUGGAAGAAACGUCUAGGUCUCAAUACUUGGGAUUGGCGGCUAUUCAUUCUGAGGGACGAGUCCGGUCUCAAAUACUACCGCGAGGGAAAAGAGGGCCGUCUUGUUCCGCUUGGGACAAUCGACCUGUCAAGCGUGAGGUGGUUGCAGAGGGAGGACUUGCGCGAUCUGAAAGUGACAGGUCAGCUAGAACUAGAAGAUUUGAUGUUCGGCGUGGAUGCCAAGGUAAUGGGAAAGGAGGGGGAGAUACGCAAAACCAUCGUCGUCCUUGCUGGGAGUGUGGAAGGACGUGACGAAUGGGUGACGUUGAUUCAGAAACAGACUGCCAGACUCUCACUAGCUCUAUCUAAGACGGCCGGGGCUACUUCAGGAGGUGCCGAUCUGACAGCACUGCGCAGGCCAUCGUUCUAUGUUGCCCCUCGUCCGGAUCCCACAAUCCCUUCCUCCGCUGAAAACAAACCGUCCGUUUUGAAGAUGGGCUGGCUAUUAGUCCAGCGGAACACCUUUCCUUUCACCUGGGAGCGGCGGCUUUGCGUUCUUCAGGAUGACAUGGGCCUGCUUCUCUAUGCCGAGAAAGAGGGAGGUGUCCUGGCGGAAGUAUCUCGCAUCCACUUGAAGGAUCUGGUGUGGGACCCGGAGGAUGAUCCCAUGGACUUCAGCUUCGAAGCUCUGGAAACGGGAUACCUGAAGAGGCAGAGGAGAAAGAUCCGCUUUCGAUGCAGUAACGAUGUGCCCGACUUAGAGUUCAUCAGUCCUAUCCAAGCAGCCGCCUCGUGGAGGAAGGCCAUUCGUAGGGAGGUCGAACGAAGCAAACGGGUAUCGUCUGCUUCGGCGCCACCCAGCCCCAGCAGUGCCAGUGCCCGAUGAAAGGAAGAAAUAUAGGAACACAGUUGACUGACAGAGCUGAGCAUCAUAAGG